AUGGCGGCAGACAUUCCGAUCAAGGUGAAGCAUCAAGGCAAGAGCUACGAUGUCGAAGUCAACCCCGAGUCCACCGGCGAAGAGCUGAAGAUGCAGCUAUACUCCCUUACGAACGUCGAACCCGAGAAUCAGAAAGUACUAGCGAAGAAGAUCGUGAAGGAUGAUACACCACUAUCGACUCUCGGCUUGAAGCCAGGCGCGGUCAUCACACUCAUUGGAAACCCGUCAGCCAACGUGGUGUUUGAGGUGCCUAAGGAGAAGAUGAAGUUCGCGGAGGACAUGACAGAAGCAGAACUUGCACAGCAAGACGGGGCGAUACCAGCUGGGCUGCAGAACAUGGGCAACACCUGCUACGCCAACGCGACGCUCCAGACACUGCGAGCUGUGCCCGAGCUUGUGGAAGAGCUGAAGGCGUACAAGCCGAGCGCGCCGAGUGCAGGCCCAUCCUCCUCAUCGUCUCUAUUCACCCCUGAACAGCUGGCGCAGCACGGCAUUGGUGGACUCGGCGGUGGCGGAGAUCUUACCUCUGCCCUGGGAGAUUUGUACAAGCAGAUGAACGAGACCCAGCAAGGUUUUCCGCCGCUCAUGUUCUUGACAACACUACGACAGAAGUUCCCACAGUUCGCAGAACGAGCAAAGAACGGCCAAGGCUACGCGCAGCAAGAUGCAGAGGAAGUCUGGACCCAGCUCAUCCAGACCAUUAGCCAAUCUCUGAAGCUGAAGGAGGGCGAUGAUGCAGCGCAAGGAUUCAACAGCUGGGUAGACAAGUACAUGGGUGGCAAGUUCGAGAUGAAGACGACCUGCGAUGAGGACCCUGAGGAGGAAGCCGUCACUAACAUUGAAGACUUUAACGACCUCAAGUGCAACAUCCAAGUUGACACGAACCACAUGCGGGAAGGUAUCAGCAUUGCUUUGAACGAAAAGCUCGAGAAGACCUCACCCAAGCUCGGUCGUACCGCGAUAUACACCCGCCAGAGCCGCAUCGCACGCCUGCCAAAGUACCUGCCGAUCCAUUUCGUUCGUUUCUUCUGGCGGAAAGAUACCGGCAAGAAAGCCAAGAUCCUGCGCAAGGUCACGUUCCAGCACGAAAUCGACGUGACAGAGUUCUGCUCGGAAGACCUUCGCAAGAAGCUCGUCCCUAUACGAGACAAGAUUCGCGAGGUCCGCAAGGAGGAAGAGGAUGUCGAGCGUGCUAAGAAGCGUCAGAAGCGCAUGCAGAAGGAAUCGGAGGAGAAUGGAGACAGCAAUGUGCGAAGUGAUGAGCCUCUGCAAAAGAGAAAGGAGAAGGAGGCCGAGCGUCAGCUGAAAGCUACAGGGCCUGCGUCGGAGACAGAGCUCAAGGCUGAGAAGAAAGAGGCUGGCGGUAGCGAAGACACGAUGAUGGGUGGUACUGAAGAGAAGUUCAAGACGGACGAGGAGAUUGAGGCUGAGCGAGCAGCGUCUAUUCUUGCGGCGAAGAAGGAACUGCUUGCACUCGUCCACCCAGAUCUCAAGAAGGACUCAACGGCAGGUCAGACUGGCCUGUACGAGCUACGCGGUCUCGUCACCCACCAAGGCUCAUCUGCUGAUUCCGGUCACUACACCGCGUACGUCAAGAAGGCAGCGGCUCCGGGAAAGAGUGAAGAUGGCAAGUGGUGGUGGUUCAACGAUGACAAGGUCUCGGAGGUUGAGAGCGAGAAAAUCGAGACACUUGCUGGUGGAGGCGAGACUCAUAGUGCACUGAUUCUGCUGUACCGCGCUGUCGAGCUGCCAAAGGUCGAAGAGAAGUAG